AUGAAGUCAGAACAGGCUCAGUACAGUGUGCCUUCCCCGGCCGCCACAGACGGCGCGCUCUCAAGCAUUGUGACAAGAUUUGCGGUGCACGUGUCGGCCCUCGCUGCAUUCACGCUGGUCAUGGUGUGGACGUUGCACUUCCGGGGGGGCGCCUCGUGGAGCCAGGGGGACGACGUCGAAAAGGUUUUCAACCUGCACCCCAUCCUGAUGGUCACCGCUUUUGUCGUCCUGGCUAGCAAAGGCGCGGUCGCCUUCAAGGUCAUCCCCGGGCCUCGGGCGGUGGUGAAACUGAUCCACUCGGGCAUCCAGUUCGCGGCCAUCCUCAUCGGUGCGGUCGGCAUUGCGGCAGUAUUCCGGUACGGCGGCCUGAACGACCCCCCGGCUCCCAAGGUGUACAGCCUCCACUCCUGGAUGGGCAUCGUCACAUACGGCCUCGUCCUCGCGCAGUGGCUCGGCGGCCUCCUCGCGUUCGUGCUCCCGACCGCGGCCCCCCCCGCCCGGCGGAGCGUCGUGCCCUACCACGCGUUCGUGGGGACGUUCCUGUACGUCCUCGGGCUGGCGACCGCGUCGCUCGGGAUAUUGGAGAAGGUCACGUUCCUGCAGGACUACGGGACGUUUGGAUACCAUGCCAAGGAGCUGUACGUGGCGAACUGCCUGGGCCUCACGAUCUGUGUGACGGGCGCGACCGUCCUUGUUGACGCUGCUCGAGCCGUGGAAGGAG